AUGUCGACCAGUGCACGCCAGUUGGGUCGUGUGAUUUUAAGACCCGUCAAAAAAUUGCAAAAACCAAGACCAUUAAAAGCUUCAAAUCCAGCUAGAAGAUCAACUCCGGAUGCUGCUAACGUGAAUAUUUUCGAUGAAGUAAUGCUAUUAACCGAAGCAGUUACUAGUAAUAUGAGUAAUGGAAUGUUUGACAUCAAUUUACAAAACAAUAUUGUAAUUUUGAGUGGAAUGUUAAAGGCAUACGGCGAGUGUCUUGAAGCUAUAUAUAAAGAUCAGCUGGAUCGAGCAUUUGUUAUAUUUAGAAAUGGUUGUAGAAAUGAAAAUUUAGAUUACAAAUCCAGACUUUGUCUAUUGGAAAUAAUUGAACUCAGAGCCAUGCAGUGGGUCACACCAGAUAAUGCAUCUUACUAUAAACAUAAAUACAACCAUCCCGAUUUUGAUUUAGUUUCUCUAUCAUCUUCAGAUAAUUUUAGCUUAAGUAGUGCUAGUGCUUUUCAGAACACUCCAGUUUCAAAUACUACUGCAAAUACAAAUGCUCCUCAACAUCUAUUACUCGGUCCUGGAGAGCUUGUAAAAUCAUCCGGCAAGUAUGCAAUUCCUACAAAAAUUUCUGGAAAAGAUUUCUACACUUUUGAAGUUGUUAUAAGAAAUUCAGAUUCAGGAAAAGUUAUGGGAAUCAAAGGUAGGAGAGUGCAUAUUAUAGAGGAACUGAGUGAAACAGUUAUCUCAUUUCAAAGAGUGACACCCGGAACAAAAGAAAGGCUAGUGCAAAUAACGGGACCAUCCGCAGAAAAAAUCAAUUAUGCGAAACAGCUGAUGGAAGAAACGAUUAAUAGAAAUGCAUCUCCCAUCAGAUCGGAAUUAUUAGAUAAGGAAAAACACGGAUCGAAUUCAUCACUAAAUAGCGACACAUCCGAAAAUGGGAGUUUAAACGAAUUUUCGAAACGAACGACAUUGCUUCACAGUUUCUCAACGAAUGAUGCAACCAUUGGCGAAUAUAAAUACACGGUAACCAUUGGUGACGACACAUUAAAAAUAACAGGAACGAACCCGGAUUUAGUUACUAUUGCUAAACUAGUUUUAGACGAAUAUUUUUCAGCGGAAUCCGGGGAUCAAAUAUAUCAGGGUGGUUAUAACGAUGGUUUAAAUUAUUUCGAUGGGGCUUACGUUAAUGAAAACGAUGAAGAAAAUUUUCAAGAAUCCGUUGAUAAUUUUUUGACAAAUCCUAAAAAUGAUAAAUUAUGCACCGAAAAAGAUUUGUCGACAUACGAAUACGAUAAAAUCGCCGAGGAAAAUUUACAGCAACGAUGA